AUGCGUCCGUUUAGGAAGGGAGUGCUCGGGCAACGGUCUGCAACUGCGCGUCGAGUCGAGACGGACAGGAAGAGGACGGCGUCCACACUGUCCGGAUGGCCGUAUACAGCGCCCGCAAAGAACGGCCUGGAUCAACACUUAGCCCCCGGAGCCGCCACGCCUGUCCAUGUCGGCGUGGCACCUGUCACUCAUGCAGCAAGGCAGCGAGUGCAUCUCGAUGGAAAUGGCUGGGCGGAGACACCGGCUGAAAGCCAUUUUCCAGUCUCCGGUGGACCGUCAACUUCGGCCGAGGCAGAGAGCCGCCCGCCAGACCGGUGGGCGUCGUCCUCCACAGGCAGCUUCCUCCUGGGGAGGUACCUGUAUCAAGAUGUGCUGGCAUCUGUGACCAGGGGGUCCAGUCAACUCUCGAACGUGGGUCAGGACGGCAUCGUGGUCGAAGGGCUAGGGAAUCUGCGUCGGCGGACAGCCGUGGUCCGCAACUGUGAGGACGACGACGUCAUCGAAAACACCGCCGAGGCAUACCGCCAGGCCGCCUCCAUCUAUCUUACCCGCGUGGCCUACCGCACCGGAGCAUCGCCCGAACACGUCGACGCCUGUCUGCGACUUCUGGCCAGCAUACCGGCGACCUCCAGCAUGGCUUCGGCCCACGUGUGGUCCAUCUGGACUGUAUGGCCCAUCUGGACUGCCGGUUGUGAGGCUGUCGACGAACAUCACCGCCACCUCGUGCGCUCCAGGUUCGACGAGAUGCACCAUCUGCGCAUGCUGCCCUCCCUCCGGAGGGUGCGCUCUGAUAUUGAGGACAUACGGAGCGCCAAGGAUGCCCAGAGGGCAUCUACGGUGAAGGGCGGUAUCGAUUGCAUAGAGGCCAUAUGGAAGCAUCGCCAACGGACGGCUGAUCUGUUCUAG